ACUCGUCAGCCGAACUCAGAAAAUGAAUAAAAAGAGGAUUCAAAAGAAAAGAGUUCAUUCACCACCUGUUGCAUUGUGCAGCAACAAUGCCACUUCCAUUCAUUGUUGUAUUAUCAGUUGAAAAUAGGCUUUAAAAGACCUUCGCUAGUGUUGCGUCGAAUUGUUAAAAUGCUGCAGUCCUGAAUACUGGUGACCUACGAAAUGGAGCUUCUGUGCCUGAUAGUCUUGCUGCAAGUUUAUUUUGCAGCCUCGGAAAUAAGAUCCAGUUUAAUUGUGAACAAGCUCUCACGCGUGCGUCCAGUAGGCGCCCAUGUCGGGAAGAGCUUCGUUCCCCUCACGGAGAUCCCUCCCCCCCACAUCCCUCACAUCCACGUGUCGCCUUCGCCGUCGAGGCGUCACCUGAGCGAUGACUGCACCAAGAAGCCGCCGCCCCGCGAGGUCCACGAGGGACCCAGGGUCGAGAUCUUCGGAGACUACUACGAUGAUAAAAUUAUGAAGACGGUAGCUACUGUGAUCUUUCCAGAUCAUAUUGACCACAAACAUUUUCAAGUAACCACACAAGUGCCUUACCUCACGUUGGGCCCGAUCGAAGCCAUCGGGUACCACCCGAGCACGAUAAAAAGCGAACACCCGAGUGAGUGCGAGAAAAUCUACCAGGAUCACUUAGACGACCAGUACUCCGAAGAAUCCAAGGACUACUCCGAGGAGUCCCUGGAAAUGGCCAGGAUGCCUUUGUUCCCGGCAGAGGUACCGCCGUCCAUAGAAGAACACUUGGACAAAAUGUACGACGAUAUGGACAAGUAGACAAGCGUCUGAUUUUAUAUUUUUUUAUAGUUACUUGUAAACGAAACUUAUGAUUAAAUGCUUAGUGAUUAUUUUUGUUGACUGUUGAGUUUUAUUUGGUACGUAGGUUCUUUCAAUUUCAGGGUAAUAAUUUAACAUUUAUGUAUAUUUAACUUAUAUAUGAUAAAGAUAUAUCGCAAAGCAUGAAUAAGACAUAUAUUUUUUUACCAAAACGAAUUCUAAAACUGCUAUCACUAACAUAACAAAAUAUGUUUAAAACGUGG